GUUGGUAGACAUUUUACCUGUACGGGUAGUGGUACUCUAUUCAGUUUCAUUAUUACGAGCAAACAAAGUGCUUAGUGUCGUGUUCAAAAGCAAGAAUUUAGGUGUUUUUUCACCAGUAAAUCAUCAAAAGGGAUAACAAAUCCUAGAUCAAUGAGGAUCAUUACACUUUUAAGUCUAGUAUCCGUGGUACUAGCUUUACCACCAACCAGACCAACGACAUGUAUUGAAGGGUGCACAUGUAAGGACAUCUUAUUGAACAUACUCAACGUAGUUGGAUGUGACGGACCCUUGACGAUCAAUUCGACAUUAUUUAGCCAUCUAGACAGGAGAAUUAUAACUGUUAUAAGCUUCUCCAAUGUGAUCAUUAGCGAAAUCAAAGAGGAUGCCUUCAAGAGAUUGCCAAAUUUAGAAGAUGUUAUCAUACAGAAAGCUCAAAUCGGUUCCAUUGAUCCAAAAACAUUUAAUAACGUCAAAAAGGUUAAGUUUGCUGACUGCGGUUUUGAAGAUAGUCCCAAUCUUUCUUCAGAGAAAUUAGAAGAGCUGCAUUAUGGAAAUUGCAAAUUAGAUACUAUUCCUGCCUUAGAUACCUUAUUUUCUUUAAAUUUCCUGAAUUUGUCCGGAAAUUAUAUCAAGGAAAUUGAGAUUACAAGUUUUGCAGAACUUUUUGAUUUAGAAACUUUGAUUCUAUCAAAUAAUGAGAUCAGUAAGAUUCCCGCAAAUAUUUUCGUUAAUAAUGAAGAACUAAGCAGCCUAUAUUUGGAUAACAAUCCGUUGAAAACAUUUUACUUCAACACAUCCAAUAAACUCGAAACUCUUUCAAUCAAAAAUUGCUUCCUUAGUACUUUUGAUGAGAGAUCCACAAGGCGAUUAACUUCACUAAGUGAACUUAAUUUAAAUAAUAACAGAAUCAAAAAUUUAUCAGUUAAAGAUCUAGAAUUUUUGAGUCAGCUUACGAUUAUAGAUCUCUCUCAGAACAGCUUGAAGAAGUUGGAUAAUGAUAUAUUUGCUGGAAAUCCGAAGCUUCAAAAAGUUACCCUGGAUGAUAAUAAAUUUGAGAGUCUUCCCAACUUUACUUUACUUCACGAUGAAAAAUUCCAAAUCUAUUCAUUCUCCUGCAAAAAUUGUGGCCUUAAAACAAUCCAUCCGAAUACUUUCAAGAACAUGCCUACAGUUAUUAGCUUAAACUUGGCCAAGAACAAUUUCACAUCAAUUCAGAAUAUGUUCAGAUACAUUACGAGUUUAAGAAUGUUGGACGUUUCUUAUAACAAUAUUGAAACAUUGGCUGAAGCUUUUGACAAUAAUAAGAAUUUAGAAUCCUUAAAUGUAGCCGGAAAUUCUUUAAUGACAUUAAAUCCUCAAAACUUCGCUAAUAAUAAAGCUAUUAAAAAAAUUGAUGCCAGUAAUUGCAGGCUUUACAAAUUGUGGAGUAACAAUGCAACAAUUUUAAGCUCAGUGAGAAAACUUUUUGUUGCUGAUAACCAUCUUGUUACGUUGAGCAUAUCUGACUUUAAAGUUGUUCCUGAACUUCACGCAGUUGACUUACAUGGAAAUCCAUUGGUAUUUAACGAGGACCUGUGCCACGUUAUUAACUAUUUGGAAAGUCUUUUUGUAUAUCCUAUUGAAUAUUCUAAAACUAAUGCAGAAGGGCCAUUGCAUGAUGAUAUUGACAACUUUACUUCCAGUGGAUGGUCAGAGUUUCACAAUAACAAGUGCCCAGAAAUGUCAAAUAAUAUUGACGACCAUGAAAGUCUGGAAGUUGGCGAUCUAGAAGACGAAAAAGAUAUUUUAACUUCACUUCAGAAGCUUGACGACUCUAAAGACGAUGAAGACGAAUACGAUGAUGAUGAUUAUUAUGAUUCCUAUUCAGAUGGUGUGCCUGAUUCAUAUGCUGAUGCGAGUAGCAAAGUUACAGAAGAUGAAAAUGACGAUGAGGAUGAUAAAAUUAUUGCUGCUGAAGUAAUUGACGGAGGAAACCUCAAUUUGGCCAGAGUAUCAUAUAUUCUUUCUAUAACGUCUGUAUUUGUUCUUACAGCCCUAGCUGUCCUUAUAAUGGCUGUAAUUAUCACUCUAUGUAUUUUGAGGAGCAACAACAAUUUCAACAGAGCUAACUUACCAAGACUAAGGAUUCCCGCUGAGUUUAAGAUUCCUCUCUGGAAUACUCAGCAAAGUGAGAAGAAACACAGUGGAUCUGUAUAUAGACCCCUUUCUGAAGACUUGUCUGGGGCUCAAACUCCGAAAAUGAGUCGCUAUGAGUUUGCUGUUACUCCAACUGUACAUGGAAGCAAUCCUUAAUUCCUUUCAUUAAUUGAGAUAAAAAAAUAUCUAGUAAUGGAGUCCACCCCAACAUCGUUGUAUAAGUCUGUUUUAACUGUGGUGUAUUAAUUUUUAGGCAACUUAAAAAAGUGCAUGAAAAGUUUUGUCAUUAAAUUCAAAUAAAUAUUUACAUGAUUCAAAAAACUGGAGUUUGUAAAUGUAAAUGUCUAUUUAUUAUAUUGACAAAACUAAAACUAAGUAUUCAAGUAGUUGUUAUUAUAUUUCUUUCAUAAAUCAUUCAUUAUUUUAUUGUUAAUAUUUUGAAGUUAUGUGCUUGUAGGGUAGUUGUUAGAUUUUAAACUAUAACUAUUCAAAAAAUAUCGUUUUUAAUUUUUAGAUCUUUAUAUACCUACUGACGUGGAUAAUGCUUAAAGCCAAUCCUCUAUUUCUGUGUUGUAUUGAAACUAUCACAUUCGGAUUUUUUGGCAAUAUUAAAACUACCUAAUUAAAGUUAUUAGUUAUAGGUACUGAAACGCAUUUUUUUUGUUUAAAUUUUUAUUGAUUCAAUGACGUGUAUGGGCAAUUUUUGCCGCUAAACGAAAACGUCUAAUCGGCCAAUAACGAAUGCAAUAGAGAAAUUGGUUAUCUUGGUUCAAAGUAGGAGAAGUAUGUGAAUCAAUGAUAGUUCCAAAACUUCUUAGGUAUAAAUUUCUACUUUGGUAUAUGUACAUACAAAAAUCAAAAAAAUGUAUACCUAUAUAUCUGGGAAUUGUUACUUUCACAGGCAUUUCACAUAAUGGAAAUAUACAUUCGUAUAUUAAGUAAGUUCUGGUUACUAUGGUGCUGUGAUAUCCAUGUCGGUAUUUAUAUGAAAAAAGAUCUUCCUUUUCCUAACAGUAGCGUAAUCUAUACAUUCCAUGCCAUAAAUAAAAUAAUUUAAGUACUUAUUAAAUGUCAUAGCACUCAAACCGCCCUAAUCUACUGCAAUAAAAAUUACAUAAGAAGAUUCGAGUUUAAUUUCUGUUUUCAUUGCCACCUAAUUUUGGCCACCAACUGAAUACCUAU